GCCCUUCCAGCCAACCUGUGCGAGUGUUGGUGUUCCUGACGGUGGUUUCUUCCCCUCAGCAAUGCCUACCACUACCUUGUCUUCUUCACAAGCCGCAAAAUAUGACAAUAAGAGGAGACAACGGAAACCAAGAAUGAAAUGGUUAACGAGGUGUGAAGCAAGUGGACGAAACUCGUAAACGGCUAAUAUACUCCGAACGAAAGUGAUCAACAGCAUUUGACGUUCUCCUCAUGGAGUGUCUGGGCCAUAUGAGGACAUCCUCCAGUUUGCCCAGAUUAGACAUGGGAAAUCAGGUCAAUCCGGGCUGUUUGACCGGGUGUUUUCCCUGGCAAGGUGGGGUCUGGGCUGAAGGUGAUAGAAGUCGCAAUCGUAAACCAAUCACUGCCCUGGCCAGUCAAGGAUUCUGGAACGGGAUAUCGGACAUCAAGGAAGUGUUCACUCCCAGCAAUCCUUUGCUCAAUGCCAACAACGCCCAGUUCUAUCUCCAAGAGGGCGGGAAUCACGGUAUUCGAAUCACCGAACAAGGUCAGGGUGGCGGAGAUGAUGAUGACGACCAAUUCUUCGAGGACAUCACCCUAUUGUAUCGGAGGCAGACGAUGCUUUUUGAGCGAUCCUGUGAGCAACUCAAAGAUCUGUAUGAACUGGACUUGUCCGGAUCAUCCGGGUCUUCAGAUGCAUCCUCGGUUAGUACAGGUACGCUUCGGAGUCGAACAAGUCGGACUCGUCGGAUCUCGAAGAACAUCACUCAGCCCAACCCUUCUCCAUUUGGAGAAAUCGAGACCGAAGACGUUGAGGAGUUGUACAUGGAUUGUGUCUACUCAGUGCUCCAUAUGAUUGGUUGUGACGUGAACAAAGAUGAUCAAUGGAACCUGGUAGAACACUUGAGGAAAGCCUUUCAUUUGGAGCCGAAGCGACAUUUGGAACUGUACGAGAUUGUCUCAUGCCGGCCUCAGCCAUCCGUCAAGCUUCAUCUGAGCGUGCUUGAAGCUCGAAACCUGGCCUCCAAGGACAUAUCCGGAGUUAAUGACCCAUUCUGCACAUUUUACAUCAAAUCUAAUCCCAGUGAGUGCUUCAAUACCGGCUGUAAGGUGAAGACCCUGGAGCCGAAUUGGGACGAACAUUUCUUGAUCGAGAUCCCGUCCGAGAAAUUGUUCGGGAAUGACAACUCGGACCGAGAGGAUCUCGUGUUGCAUGUGGACGUUUGGAAUUUCCAUCCCGAUGAGAAAUUCCGUGAGAAACUCAAGCGGAUCAAUGAGGUGCGAGACUCCCGAGGGUUCCGACAGUUCAUUGUGGACACGGUGAACUCGAAAAAGGGCCGACAAAUCAAUCACAAGUUGAUCGGAAGCGUCGAGAUUCCCAUUCAUGAGAUCCCGGCAAGUGGUGUCAAGAAAUGGUGGCCACUGGAAAAAUUGACAUCUUCGGAUUCAAAGAGCUCUUUGUCUUCCAAUUCAUCAUCCGUCGCAUUGAGCGGAAAGAACCGAGGCGAGAUCCAUCUUCAAGUUCAUCUCUCUACAUCGGACAAGCCCCAUCAAGUCAUUAUCAACGAGCAUCAAAGACUUCUACGGAUAUUACUCUCCCACGAACUUGUCAAACGGAACGCAGCUCCAUAUUCAUGGAAAGACUCCUUCACCAAGGAGACCCUGCAGAUUCUGGCUCAGCAUGCUGUUCAAGGGAAAAUGUCCCGAGAUGAGACGGCCUUGAUCCGAUGGCUCGUCUAUUGUCAGACUCACUUUAUCCUCCCAUUGGAUUAUCGAGUGUUUACACCCAUCUUGGAGAAGCUUCGUAAGUUUUUGCAAGUGGGUGAGGUGGACCCAAAACUCUUGGCCGGUUUCCAUGAGCAAGCAGACACGUUCACGGCCCAAUGUUUGGUGUUUAUUCGAGACCAUCGGAACCAUUUGGGUGGGGGAAAAUUUGCCAAAUAUCAUGUUCAGCUAGAUCAUAUUUUGAAGUGCCUUCAUGUGAUUCAUUGCUUGAGGUGGAGAACAAAAGGGGAUAUCGUGCUUAGGGUGGAGGAGGCCUUGAGAACGAGCACCAACGAGUGGUUCCAAUUCGUCGAGUCAAAAGUGGCGAAAAAACAAAGGAACCUUGAAGCCACAAUCCAUGAGCGUAUGUCGAAGUUGACAAGAUUGACCCAUUUGCUCAUCGCCGAUGUCAGAACCAGCCAAAGAGAUUACGGAGCGUUGUUCCACGAGUCAUUGAGUAUUCAGUAUGCCGAGAUUGCUUUCCGAGGCCUCGAAGUGCUCCUAAGUGCAAAGGCCAAGCCCCUCGUAGCGGAGGUAUGCGACCUCUUGAAGCCUUUGUCCUUCUCCGAGGAUUACGAAUUGACUUCGGAAGAUUUUGAUUUUUCUCUCGGUACUUCUCUUUUUGAGCUGUAUUUGGCCCUACAGCAAUUUUAUCAACAGGGCUCAGCAAUAAUCAACGACCUCUUUGUUGUGAACAAUGGUCCCAAGCAACUAGGAACGGGGACUAAUGACACGCAGUCUUACCCUGGGGGCCUGUCCCAAUACCAUAAAUGGUUCAUCAGGGCAGUGGCAAAAUGGUUGGACAUUGCUCUUUUUAAGGCCAUUAAGAGGAUCUUGAAGGCUGUGGAGUUGGACAACCUUUGCCGUCCAGUGGAUGAACUGGUCAAACAUACCUCGUCGGCCGUGGACAUUCGAACCGUGCUCGGACAAAUCAAGACGUUCUGGCACCAAUUAAAGUGGCCUGAUCCUGAGACAGCGUAUGUGUUCAUUUCCCGUAUCCUUGACGAUGUGUGUCGUGCAGCUGUAAUUUACGCUGAGAAGAUGUGCGCCAAAGUGGAGGGGAGAAACGCCAACAACACACCAUCGUCAUCGUCCACCACCUCAAAUGAGAUAUAUUUUUCUAAAGAAGCCUGUUAUGCUGUCAAUAAUAUUGAGUUCGUGCUUCAAGCAAUCAAUCCCCUUCUCGUGGAACUGGGAAUGGGUGAAAUUAUUCAAAAGAUUGAGCUUUUACAUGGGGGUCUUGUAGCGGACGCGUGUAAACGUACCGUCCGAACUAUGGUGAAGAAUGCCGUGGAGAACGUCGAGAACCAAAUACUGCACGUGUUUGAUCAUCUUGGGGCUCAAAUGACGCCUACCAUCACUUCCCAUUUGAAUGAGAGUCUGACUUCGUUCAGUCAGGUCUCGAGCCCCAACCAUCUCACCAUACUACAAUUUCUGGAUGAAAAUCUCAUAUUUCUGAAGGAUGGCCUCGUUCUGGCCAACUUCGAGCGAGUCCUGGUGGUGAUCUGGCUGUCCUCGGCCUCCACACUCACACAUAUCAUGGAAGAAGCUAUUAGACAGAAACGAUCGGUGCCAUACUUCUCUUUUCUCUUCGACACUUUCCGCGUCUUGCUCAAUUUCUUCUACGGGGAUGCGUUGCCCAAUGACCCAAGUCUCAUUAAAAUGGCCAAACUUCUCCGCAUGUAUGCCAGCGACGGGAAAACUUUGGUGCGCACGUACUACCGUGAAAGGUACAUAGAGCAAACCGAGCUGCCAGCCAACAGCUAUCCGUGUGGAAGCAUUUCCAUCAAGGCAGCUCUGUGGCAAGGCACACACUUAAGGGUCGAGGUUCUCAAUGCCCGUCAUUUGAAACCAGUGGAAGUGAUUGCUCGAGAAUGCUCAGGGGUGUCAUCAAACUCAUCGGGUCUCCAAUCCAAGGACGAUCUGUAUGCCAAUAGGAGGAAGAAUCAACACCAACACAUGGGACAUGGAUCAAUAUCCUCAGGUUGUUCCACAUCAUCUUCUUCUUCGGUCAACAUUUACUCAACUUUUCCUCGAAGACAUACAUUCUCCAAUCGCCCUUCGAUCCCUCAAUUUUCCAAGGGCCAGACAGCCGAGAGCAACACCACGAAAUGGCCAUGGUCUGAGGACGUUCCAGGGCAUGGACUCCAACUGGACGAGGCGAAUCGUGAGGAGGGCCACCGCCAUUUGCCCACUUAUCGCAACGUUCCUCAAAAAGCACGUAUACUUACCUUACGCCGAAUCAACGAUCCUGUCGCCUCGUCCAAUCUGGAAAACUUGGCUGCUGAAGCAACUACUAGCGCUUCGACGACCCCCAUCACACAUUUGCCCUCCAAUGCCGUGAUCUUCCAACGCCCCCGGGAACAGCCAGCCACUUUGGUUCGAUCCUUGUCGUCUGGACUGACAGGAUCCGUGCCAGAAGAUGCAAAACUCGACUACCUCAAAACGAAGUUUGACUCCGUUCGCCUCUCCGUUCAGGGUGCCCACGUUAUGAUGCACAAAAACUUUGGCGCGAGCAGACAAUGUAAUCCUUAUGUCACCCUCAAGCUGGUCCCCGAUCCCCAAUCCGAGUGCCUCAAAGUCAAGACUCGAGUUCAGGAGCGGACUUUAUUCCCAUUAUUCGACGAGACCUUUGAUUUGGUUCUGACGGAUGACAUUGACGUCUCGACAACAUUUCUUCAUUUAACAAUCAAGGAUCGAGGCGUGAUGGGUGAAGGGAUUUUCUUGGGCGAAGCCUAUUUGCCCCUUAAGGAAGUUCAACAAUCCAAUUUGGACAUCCCUCUUCAGGACCUGCCCCAAAUCCAACUACCGCUAACAAGGCCACCACAGGCCAAUCAUGAGGAACUUCUGUUUGCCAUACAAACACGUUGUGUAGAUAGACUCACUCGAGAUUUCUUGCGGAAGGAGCGGAGGAAAAUGUUGCUCUAAUUUCGAGUUUCUUGUUCCCUGGGAUGGAGUUUCCUCUGGACGUCUGAUGAAGAUAGGACACGCAAGGAGCUUGUGACAAUAUUCUAAACAGCUUUGAGAAAGGCCACACAAAAGUUACCACACUAAGGAUGAUCCAUAAUGGAAAAGAUAUGAGUGACCACCAGAUUCACAGAUAUCGUCGGGCAGAAGAGAAGGAUGAGGAAGAGACGCCAGAAAACCAUUCAUGGCACAAAUACAACAUUGAUUGGGUCACGAGGUCCACAGAAGAUAUCAUAGUUCAGCGCUUUAUCACACGAUGACGACGAUGAAUGCCUUGGAGUCAAAGUUGAGAAGGGUAACUCCGUUACUUGCCCACAGGGGCAUCUUUUCACAGUCUGAUUGCCACCGGUCAAAACAUAUCUGCUUGUUAAACCCAAAUCUAUGCCUGAUUGGCUCCCAAAAGGACCGGAGGACCUCCAACGUACAUACAGUAUAUCUGUGUAUAUUGUAAACUGGUUCGCAAUAACGUACUACAUGAACCACUACGAGGAAAGAAGCAAGAAGA